AUGUCAUUACACCUUUUCCUUUCUUUCUUUCUUUCUAUCUAUCUAUCUAUCUAUCUAUCUAUCUAUCUAUCUAUCUAUCUCAGUUUAUACAUCUCUAUAUAUCUAUCUCAUCCUAUACCUCUCUCUCUAUCUCAGUCUAUCUAUCUAUCUAUCUAUCUAUCUAUCUAUCUAUCUAUCUAUCUAUCUAUCUAUCUAUCUAUCACAGUCUAUACAUCUCUUUCUAUCUAUCUCAGUCUAUAUUUCUCUCUCUCUCUCUGUCUCAGUUUAUACAUCUCUAUAUAUCUAUCUCAUCCUAUACCUCUCUCUCUACCUCAGUCUAUCUAUCUAUCUAUCUAUCUAUCUAUCUAUCUAUCUAUCUAUCUAUCUAUCUAUCACAGUCUAUACAUCUCUCUCUAUCUAUCUCAGUCUAUACAUCUCUCUCUCUCUUUCUCUAUCUGUCUCAGUUUAUAUCUAUCUAUCUAUCUAUCUAUCUAUCUAUCUAUCUAUCUAUCUAUCUAUCUCAGUCUAUACAUCCCUCUCUCUAUAUAUCUGUCUCAGUUUAUAUCUAUCUAUCUAUCUAUCUAUCUAUCUAUCUAUCUAUCUAUCUCAGUUUAUACAUAUCUAUCUCAGACUAUGCAUACAUUUGUAUGUAUCUAUCUAUCUAUCUAUCUAUCUAUCUAUCUAUCUAUCUAUCUAUCUAUCUAUCUAUCUAUUUAUUUCAGUCUAUUCAUCUUUUCAGAUUCAAAUUUUCUUCUUUCUCCUACCCCCCCACCAAUUUCGAACUCUUUCCUCGGUCAUUCCGUUUGCUAUUGUCACGUGGUCUUUUUUUGCCCGCCUUUUUCUAACACUUUCCCCGCAACUAUCUCCUUUUCUCCCCGACCUCCCGAUAUGACGUCCGAUUUGAUCGAAGGGGCCCCCGUCGUCCCUGAUUAG